UGUUUACGAUCGCUGAGCAACAGCGUGGAACACAAGGAGUAAUCAAGGCGACUCGUUCUAGCAGAUUCAGUCCUAUGGUGGAUAACGUAAGACAUGGAGCUGUUCAAUCGUAUUACUUCUAGUACAGAAUGUGUUGCUGAUUGUGUCCAUCUGAAUGGUCUGAUCGAUCGUACUGUUGCUGCAGGACCCCAUGAACCACCAAUUCAUAUACUGGAGGUUGACACAAUUGUUUCGCAGUACACCGAAUGGCUACGAUGUUUACCAAGAGUGAGACAGUAUUAUGCGAUCAAAAGUAACGACGCUGAUACCGUUGUGGAUACGAUCACUUUACUGGGUGCUGGCUUUGACUGUGCCUCGCUACCAGAGAUUGAACGCGUCAUUGGAUUGGGUGUAUCUCCGAGAAGCAUCAUCUAUGCACAACCAUCCAAAAGUAUCCAAUCACUCUGCUAUAUUCGUAACAAGGGUAUACGAACGGUGUUCGAUAAUGAGUUUGAGCUGGAAAAGAUUGCCACACACUGUCCGGAAGCAGAGCUACUGCUGCGGUAUCGCUUCGAUUCUACCAACGUUAAAGUUAACCUCGGAUCGAAGUUUGGGUGCGACCCGGACCAGGAGGCUAAACAAUUGUUAAAUUUAUCACGCAACCUACGCUUGAAUGUGGUAGGUUGGUGCUUUAACGUAGGAUCUAUGAGCUCAGAUGCCGCUGUAUUUUACGAUGCGAUACGGACCGGACGCGCUAUUAGCGAUUAUGCUAGAUCCAUAGGGUUUGAUUUCCGUGUUAUCGAUCUUGGAGGAGGUUUUAUCGGUGAUAAAGAUGACAACAUUGAACGUUAUGCAAAGCACAUUAAUAGGGCUUUGGAGGAAUUCUUUCCGGACCCGUCAUUGGAAGUGUUUGCUGAACCUGGACGUUAUCUUUGUGACGCGGCAGUUACGACCGUUUGUACGGUACAAGGCAAGCGGUACAUCCGUACUGAUGGACAGAUUAACACCGUCGGUUACUAUCUAAAUGAUGGAAUAUAUGGAACAUUUUACAGCGCCAAAUAUCGUGGCAUGGUUCCGAAUGUGUUGGUGUGGAAAGCAAAGGACAGAUGUGGCCCGAAAAGAAAAAGCAAGCUAUUCGGUCCUACCUGUGACGGCAACGAUCACUUUAUGGACAAUGUAAUGCUGCCCGAGCUUGAGAUUGGGGAUAUUCUUGUUUUUGAAACGCAAGGCGCUUACAGUGCUGUUCACUCUUGCCGUUUCAAUGGAUUUCUUUUACCCAAAAUGAUAUGCUAUUCAAGAGACAGUCUAAUGCAACUGCUGAAGCAAAUAGCGGCGGUUGACCAAAUGGAUGUAAAGAAAAAAAAUGAGAUUCUUCUAUCUUCUGAGUAUUUGAGAACACACGUGGCAAGGAAAAUGUUAUUGUGUUUUGAAAGGAAAUAAGCAACACAGAAGUUAUCCGACUGCUGAAUCAUUCGUCAUUGAUUAGAUGAACUGUAAUUUACAGUCUAGAUUGUCAAUAUGUUAUUGAUUCACAGUAUAUCACCGAAGUAUAGGCUAGCGACAACACAUUGUCAACCCUCCAAGCCGAAAGAGUCUCACGAAUGACGCUCUUUUUGCUGUGAAAAGUGUCCUGUUCAAAAUAAACCACAUUGUUUACUGAUCGCAACCGUCUGAUAGUAGCGUGAAUUAUUCUACAAUGUUUUAUUAUUUAAAUUUAUACACCGCAUGACAUGGUAAGAAGCUUCGGAAACAGUACGCAUCCAUUAUGCUGCCUGCAUUCUAGCAAUAGCAACGCAUCGUCGAGAGCACACUAGAUUCGGUUCAGGAUAAUAAUGUCUGGCCCCUAUGUCCGAUGUCUUCUCAUAAAUUCAGUCCCUUCAACAGCUGAUCCGAAGCUUAAUGGUCAGACCUAAGCUUGGUAACCGACAGGACUCGCUUUUGUCGUGACAUAUGUGCAUUCCUCCGCGAUCUU